AUGGCGGACGUUUUAACCAAUCGUAGUGUACUUUUAACCACCGUAGAGGUCUUCUCCAUGAUAAUUUUCAACGUUCUGUCGUUAACAGGUAACAUAAUGGUGUGCAUUGCAGUUUGCAAGAACACACGACUACGCACAACCACCAACCUGUAUAUCAUCGCACUUGCUUUAAGUGAUUUAAUGUCCGGUGUAUUUCUCAUGUCUUUUUCAUUGGGUGUGCUUAUAACAGGCGAAUGGGUUUAUGGCCGAGUGAUCUGCAACUUUCAAGCGUACAUGGUUAUGUUUGUGGUGUACGUUUCACCCGUCACUAUGGGUUUAACAGCAUUUAACAGGUACAUGAGGAUUUGUAAGUCGGAGCAGCAAUACAAGAGAAUCUUUUCACCGUGGAAGUCACGAGCAUUAUUGGCCUGUGCAUGGAUCCUCCUUGCUUGCUACAUCCCUGUUCCAAAGUUAACAGGUCUUCAAGACUAUGUGUUUGUCCCAGGAUAUGCCCUGUGCGUUCCGGCUCAUCUCAAUCAAACUGGAAAAGUUGUCCACUACGCCAUUGUCCUCGGUUUUUUCUUUUUAACUCCUUUAUUGACUACAAUAUUCAGCUACAUAAAGGUUGCAAAGAUGAUCCGACAGCACAAUGCCACUAUGUCAUCUACGAUUCACAGGGGCGCAACAGGCUCAAGCAUCACCGUGCAAGAACUGAAGCUUAGUAAGUCUCUC